AUGACUGCGCGGGUACAGUACUUACAACAGGUUAUGAGCCGUUAUACCGAUUCCAGCUCCAACUCAAACUUUCCAAACAGUCUACUACUUACAAGCAAGGCUAGUUAUUAUGAUUGGAACAAAAUUCUAACAAAAAGAUGCAACGAUAUUUCACCUGACUUAAUUUUUUACUUAGAAAAUGGGGAAGUAUCUUCCAUCGAGGGAGAGGACGAUGCUACUAGAAGGGAAGUUAUAAAAUUAGUUGACAGUAUCAUCAGGUUGAUCCUAAAAGACACUGCGAGUGGCUAUGUGCUUCAAGAAGUGAAUAGUUUUGAUGGCACUGGGCGUGAGUUGUAUUUGUUCUUGCGCUCAACAUAUGGAGACAUCACAGUUCCUGCUGCUAUAGGUAUCAUGUGCGAUAAAUUUAACACUACUUCGAGGCUGAAGGAGGGUUUAACGUUAGCUUUGUUUAAAAACUCUUAUGAUCGUCUAGACACGCUUAUUGAAAAACGAUUUAGUCCCGAGAUUUACAAUACGAUUGUGUAUCUUGCAUAUUUGAAGAAAGAAGGUUUUCCUGUUGAUGAUUUCGUCAGCUCAUAUCGUCAUCUUUAUGGUACUGGUUGGGAAGAUUUUACAUUGAUAAAUUUACAACACAUUGUGCGUGAUAGGAUGGAAAAUAAUACAGAUUUUGUUUCGGGAAGCCUUAAGGCACUUGUCUGUGAGAAAGUGACUAAAUGUUUAAAUUGUCAAAAACCUGGACAUCUUGCUACAAACUGCCUUGCUCCUCAACCUUUGUCUAACCUGAAAUACCAACUUGAAACUAAUAAGAAUUCUGGAAUGUUUAGUAUGCAACCUGUGUAUUCUGGUACACAACGAUUUUCGGAUGCUGUUCAUCUUGAUAGAGGUGCAUCAGAGCACACAUAUCGUGGUAUACUGUAUUUCAAAGAUAGCGCACCGGUACCUGAGCCGUUCACAGAUACACCAGCCGUAGAAUUUGAAACUGAAGGCGUUAAUAAUAGACCAGUACUUCAUCACACAAAUUCAUCCCUGGAGAAAAAAUUUAGGAUAAAGGAGAAUGUUGAUGCGCUAGAAAAGCAAUUGUUUGGUUCAGAUUUUAUGCACGAUUAUUUACAGGAAGCCGCCUCUCAAUUUAGGUCUGCUUUCAAACGGGAAGAAGCCGGAGAUAUGGUAGAGAUGUUCUACACUAGGUUUGAUAAUAUGUACCAGAUCGGAGAAUUUUGUCAUGAACAUCCAGAUCCAGGGAAGAUAGGUCUUAGUUUCAUGAUGGGGGAUCUUGGUAGACUUAUUCAUAACUGGAAAUUUGAUAAGUUUGCUCAAUUUCGCGCCAAGAAAAAAAGGAUCAGAGAUUCAUAUGAAAAAGUGGCUACAUUAUCUACGGGAAUAGAUCAACUUUUAAAGCAAAGGGAAGAAGAGAUGGAUGCUAUUUUGGAAGAACUCAGUAGAAAGAAGGAAAAGAUUGAAAAUACUUACCAGGAAAAAAUGAGGAUGAUAGAACCGAUGCUUCCUCUAUGUAAUCUAGGCAAAAGAUUUGUGGUUCAGAAUCAAGAAAUUAAAAACAUUUAUAUGGAUAAAUAUCAGAAAGUAUCACCCCCACCUGAUGAAGAUUUCAAUACUUGGGCUUCAGCCAGAUGGGAAAUUGAUAAAUAUACUUUUGUCACAGAUGGAUUUCAGAAGUCGUUGAAUGAUGCUCAAUUUCGACAGAUGAUAUUGAAGUUUUUCAAAGGGCCUCAAGAAUCGAGCUCUGACAAAAGAGGGGCCUAA